UGAGUAUGUGUGUGUAAAGUAAGCUUCGGUGCUGGGCAAACCACUUUCACAGAUUUUAUUUCACCAAUGUCCCUGGGGAACGCAUCUGGGGAAUCCUUGACACCAAUUGGCUGCUUGAGUAGACUCCAUAAGAUGUUGUCAAGCAGCUCCCAAGGAGGAGUAUUGAUCUGAAGGACCAGAAGUGGAAUUUAAUGUAUUCACAUCAGCAUAUUGAUAAAACACAGAGGAUCAUUUGAGGUGUAAAGACAGCAGCUUUGCAGAGAUCCUGUUGUCUCCAUGCAUCCAGGAACAUCCAUCUAGACUGGAGUUCUGUUUUCUUGUAUAUUCUGAGCUAUAUUCUGCUGGACACAAAUGCUGACUGUGAACUGUUUGUCGCUGUUUCUUUGGAUUCUGUUAGAUGAGGGUCUUUUAACACCUCUUGAGUCACUGUCACCAAGGAGUUCAGCACAUACAGGCAGUGACAACAUAAUUGAGCUGUCUGGAGAUGGAAUUCCUAAACUCCAACGUGUUAGACGGGGCUGGAUCUGGAACCAGUUCUUUGUACUGGAAGAAUACAUGGGGUCAGAACCUCAGUAUGUGGGAAAGCUACAUUCGGACUUGGACAACGGUGAUGGUUCUGUGACCUAUACUCUGUUAGGUCAAGGAGCUGGCUCAAUCUUCACCAUCGAUGAGAUUACAGGAGAUAUUCAUGCAAUAAAGAGCCUGGAUCGUGAAGAAAAGUCUUAUUAUGUUCUGCGUGCACAGGCUGUAGACACAGAAACCGGAAGACCUGUGGAACCUGAGUCGGAGUUUAUUAUUAAGGUUCAGGAUAUCAAUGACAAUGAGCCAAAGUUUCUGGAUGGACCUUAUGUUGCUGAUGUCCCAGAAAUGUCUCCUGCUGGUUCCUUCGUUGUUCAAAUAACAGCGACAGAUGCUGAUGAUCCAACAUAUGGAAACAGUGCCAGGGUAGUGUACAGUAUCCUGCAGGGACAGCCAUACUUUUCUGUGGAUCCCAAAACAGGUGUCAUAAGAACCGCUUUAUCAAACAUGGACCGAGAAGUGAAAGAAGAAUACCAAGUUAUCAUUCAGGCCAAAGACAUGGGUGGUCAAAUGGGAGGCUUAGCAGGGACAACAAUGGUCAAUAUCACUCUCACUGAUGUUAAUGACAAUCCACCAAGGUUCGCCAAAAACGUCUUUCAUCUGAAAGUUCCUGAGUCAACCACAGUUGCUUCUGAAAUUGGUAGAAUAAAGGCCAAUGAUGCUGAUAUUGGGAAGAAUGCAGACAUCGACUACAGCAUCGUGCCUGGAGAUGGACUGAAUGUGUUUGGGAUUAUCUCUAAUAAGACCACACAAGAAGGAAUUAUAAGUCUGAAAAAGCCAUUGGAUUACGAAAAUAAAAAAUCCUACGUAUUCAAAGUAGAUGCAGUAGACCCCCAUCCAGAUGAACAUUUCCAAUCAAUGGGCCCUUUCAAAGACACAGCGACAGUGAAGAUUACAGUCUUGGAUGUAGAUGAGCCUCCCAUCUUCAGUAGACCCUUUUACAUAAUGGAUGUUUAUGAAGAUACCAAUGUGGGCAGUAUCAUCGGUGCAGUGACAGCACAGGAUUCUGAUGUUAGCAACAGUCCUGUCAGGUACUCAAUUGAUGAGAAUACUGACCAGGAGAGAUAUUUCACGAUUGAUGAGAUUGAUGGAACAAUUGCGACCAAUGAUGUCCUGGACAGAGAAGAUAUUUCUCAGUACAACAUCUCUGUUGCAGCCAGAAAAGUCAGCAACCCUGAUCUGGUUAGCAAAGUCCCUGUGACCAUUCAAGUUUUAGAUGUUAAUGAAUAUGCACCAGAAUUCUCAGUGCCUUACGAGACCAUGAUGUGUGAAAAUGCAAAGACUGGCCAGAUCAUUAUGACGAUCAGCGCAGAGGAUAAAGACAUGCCACCUACUACACCACAAUUUCACUUCAGAUUGUCACCUGAGGCUGCUACCAAUCCUAACUUCACAAUCCACGACAACGGAAACAACACAGCUGGAAUCUUACCCAAGAGAAAUGGUUACAGUCGCAGGCAGCUAGAACUCUAUUUCCUUCCAGUGGUGGUCUCAGACAGUGGUUAUCCUGUACAAAGCAGCACAAACACACUGACUAUUCGAGUCUGUGGAUGUGAUGUGGAUGGUACUAUCUUAUCCUGCAAUGUAGAAGCUAUCUUCCUCCCAGUGGGCUUGAGCACAGAAGCACUGAUAGCAAUCUUGCUCUGCAUCAUUAUACUCCUUGUGAUUGUGGUGCUGUUUGUGGCAUUGAGAAGGCAAAGGAAAAAGGAGAUCUGUAUGACAUCGAAAGAAGAUAUCAGAGACAAUGUAAUCAGUUAUGAUGAUGAAGGAGGUGGUGAGGAGGACACCCAGGCCUUUGACAUCAGUACCCUGAGGAAACCUGACUUGAUAGAGGAUGUGCAGUUGCGCAGAGACGUCAAGCCAGAAAGCCACCAUCCGCAGCGGCAGACCAUCAUAAUACAAAACCACACGGACAUUAGAGACUUCAUCGAUCAGAGAGUGCAGGAGAAUGAUGCAGAUCCCAGUGCACCUCCUUAUGAUUCCCUGGUGACAUAUGCCUAUGAAGGAAACUGCUCGAUAGCUGAAUCACUCAGCUCCUUGGAUUCAGUUCCCACAGACACAGACCAGGAUUACGAUUACCUCACUAACUGGGGGCCUCGCUUUAAAAAACUUGCAGAUCUUUAUUCUCCAGAGAAAACUAACAGCCAACAAAAUAAUACCGAAUGAAAGUAAAUUUGAAGUUUGGCAAAUUUAAGGACAAGUUGACUUUUGUCUUUUUUUAAAAAAGAAAGAAUGGCUGCCAUUGUUACUCGCUCUGUCAACUUAUUGUUUUACUGUGAGAUAGUUUUAUUAGGUACCACAAAGAUUGGAUCAUUGUGAAAUUGGAGAGAGGCUGGCUGGUGCAGUGUCUUUGAAAUGUUUUGGCCAUGCAAUCGUAAGUGAAAAGGAAAACAAAAAAGCUGCAGGUUUUUCUGUAACCUUAACUGAAGUGCCUCAAAGAACUCUGAACACUGCAGAUGUUUAUGCUCUCCAGUAAGAGUGUCAGUUUUUAUUAUACAACUAAAAGGUGUUCUUAACUUGAAUUAAAUCACAUUUACUUCAAUAAAAGAAGCGAUG